GGCUGUGCAUGAAGUAGAAAAGUUGAAAAAAAUUUUAGUGUCUUUAAAAAAUAAAUUUAUUAAAGGAAAAUUGGCAAUAGCUUAGUUAAAUUAUGUCGAAUCUCAGUUUUAUUGAUCUUUUUCAUCUACUAUGCUGCCCACCAUGUCCAUCCCAAAUUACUCAGAAAAUGGCAUUUUUGCCUCCAAAAGUCACGUACGAUUUAAAAGAAGUGGAAGAAAAUGGUGAAUCAGGAACGACAAGCAAGGACAAAUCAGAUAAAGAGAAAAAAUAUGAGUUUGUAUUCAUGCCCGAGUAUGCUGAGAAUGGUUUGGAUGAGAAAUUCAUUAAGGAAUACUUUGAUGGAUUUUAUACGAAAACAAAGAAAGGGAACAAAAUUGCUUGCCUUCAUAUACGAUCUCCAAAAGUAGCAAAGUUUACAUUCUUGUUUUCUCAUGGCAAUGCUGCAGACCUCGGAAUGUUAACCGCAUUUUAUUGUCGAUUGGUGCAUCAAUUGAAUAUUAAUAUAUUUAGUUAUGACUAUUCUGGAUAUGGGAGAUCGAGUGGUACGGCAUCUGAAAAGAAUCUUUAUUCUGAUAUUGAGGCUGCUUGGCACGUUCUAUUAAAGCGCUAUGAUUUAAAACGUGAAAGUGUCAUAUUGUAUGGACAGAGUAUUGGAACUGCCUGUGCUGUCGAUUUGGCAACAAAAUACGAAACUGCUGGCGUGAUUUUACACAGUCCUUUAAUGUCUGGUAUAAGACUUUUAUUUCCUGUCAAGAGGACAUGGAUUUGUGAUGCAUUUCCCAUUAUUGAUAAGGUUUCAAAAAUUAAAAGCCCAACUCUUGUGAUUCAUGGCACGCACGAUGAGAUCAUCAAUUUUUCGCACGGUCUGCAGAUUUACGAUCAACUUCAAAAUGCCGUUGAACCAUUAUGGAUUAAAGGCCAGAAAAUUAAUAAUGAUGUACCUAAAAAGACUAAGCCAACGACGACGACAACAACAUACUGUAUUUGUAAUUCCGCCCAUAAAACUCGAUUCUCUGGUGGUUAUCUCGCGACUCCUUACACUGAUGUGAUUGAAAUUAGUUUAAAAUUUGAGAAAAUUUUUGAUGAAUCUUUUUCUGUUAAUAAUAUUAAGCAUAAGAGUAAUAAUGAUGAUCCAGCAUUUGAGAGAUGUAAUUUAAAUUUCGUAGAAUUAAGUGACAAGACACUUAAAGAUUUAUACAACAAUGAACUUGUGCAUGAUUGUGUACGAGAGCUACUGAGUAGUAUGAUAAUGAAGAAAAGGUUAGAGACUUACAAUACCUCACAAGAUGCUAACGAAACACCAUUAAUAAUGACAACAGAUGUAACCAUUCACCAAUCAGCAAUACUUAAUAAUAAUAAUAAUACAAAUGAUGACACAAUGGAUAAUAAUAAUGAGUUGAAAGUCAUGCAAAGGAACUCAUCGAAAAGAUCAUCAAUGAAAUCAUGUAAAUCGAUGGAAACGGUACUUGAAAAAAUAACAAGUCGUCCUAAAGAUAAGAGUCCUGACGAAACAAAAGCAAAGUCUGUUGGAAAUAUCAAUGACGAUGACGAGGAUGGUGUGGAGGAUUUAGAGAAUGGAGAAUCCAUUGAAUUAAUAUUCAUUUCGGACGAGUUUGUAAAUCGAGUUCAAAAACAAGAACAAGAAGUCAUUAUUGUCGACGAAAAGGACGGCAAGAGACGUAACAGUUUGACAAAUAAAAAGAAGAUUGUCAUCAUUACGGAUCAAUAUAAAGAAAAAGUAUUAAGAAAUAAUUCCAUUGUUCUUACGAACGAAAAUAAGAAAAAGAUGCUCAAAAGAAGAAGCUCCAAAAAAGCUAAAACUUAUAAUACAAAUUCAAACUGCUUUUUGCCCUACGACGAGGAUGAAAGGUAUGAGCAUUUUGAAAUUAAAAAGCUAGAUAAUGUAGACGUUGAGAGGAGGGAUCGAUCACCAAAUUAA